UUGAGCAGUCAGGCUCACAGCUCCGAGCUCCACUGAAGGGUGGGGGAGGAAGAGGAGGAGAGAGACACUGUCCUAGGAUUUAUACACAGAGCUAAGAGGAAGGCAGGUGUCCACAGGUGAAUGCCCUGGACCAUGAAGCCCUCUCUCUUCUGGGCCCUUCUUCUCUUCUUCAUCUUGUUCUUGGGAGCCCACAGCCAAAUCAGGCCCCCCAAAAGGCGACCUAAACCUGGGCCCAAACCCAAGCCUACACCCAGAGUGCCUUCUCCGUACAGACCUGGACUUGAAGAGCCUGCUGAACCCACAGAUCUGCCUCCUCCUCUCCCCCCGGGACCCCCAUCAAUCUUUCCUGACUGCCCUCGAGAAUGCUACUGCCCCCCAGACUUUCCAUCAGCGCUGUACUGUGACAGUCGCAACUUGAGAAAGGUACCAGUCAUCCCAUCCCGAAUUCAUUAUCUCUACCUUCAGAACAAUUUCAUCACAGACCUUCCCAUAGAGUCCUUCAAGAACGCCACUGGCCUGAGGUGGGUCAACCUUGACAACAAUCGUAUCCGCAAGAUUGACCAGAAGGUGUUGGAGAAGCUGCAAAGUUUGGUCUUUCUCUACAUGGAGAAGAACCAGCUCCAAGAGGUGCCCAUGGCCCUCCCCCGUAACCUGGAGCAGCUGAGGCUAAGCCAGAACCAAAUCAACAAAAUCCCUCCAGGUGCCUUUAGCAAGCUGGAGAACCUGGUGCUCUUAGACCUGCACCACAACAAGCUCAGUGAUGGAGUCUUCAAGCCUGACACCUUCCAAGGACUCAAGAACCUCAUGCAGCUCAAUUUGGCACACAACAUUCUGAGAAAGAUGCCCCCCAAGGUUCCCACAGCUAUCCACCAGCUCUUCUUGGAUAGCAACAACAUCGAGAACAUUCCCAGUGGCUACUUCAAGGGCUUCCCUAACCUUUCUUUUAUCCGGCUCAACUACAACCAGCUGUCUGACAAGGGACUCCCCAAGAACUCCUUCAACAUCUCCAAUCUGUUGGUUCUCCAUCUGUCACACAACAAGCUAAGUAAUGUUCCAGCUAUCAAUAACCGGCUGGAGCACCUGUACCUAAACAACAAUGAGAUUCAGAAAAUCAAUGGGACCCAGAUCUGCCCCAACAACUUGGUUGCAUUUCAUGACUUCUCCUCAGACUUGGAAAAUGUGCCUCACCUCCGUUACCUGCGACUCGAUGGGAACCAGCUAAAGCCACCUAUUCCACUGGACCUGAUGAUGUGUUUCCGGCUCCUGCAAUCUGUGAUCAUCUAACUCGCACCUUGAUGCCAACUGGACUUCUCUGAAGAGACUUGAACACCUCUUAGUCAGGGGUGGUCCAUGUUCCCACUUCCUGACUUGCUCCAUUGCCUUUUCUACCCUCUCUGGGCUUUUCUUUUCUCCAUCCAUGUAGGAUUCCCUAAGAAAAGAAGGAAAACAGUUUCAAGUUCAUUACUGCAUUUCUUUUCCCUCAUGUGGGAGAAUGAAGUCUAAGAACUUACUGUUGAUCUACCAGAUUCAAAGAACUGUCUUUCCCACAUAUAAAUGCCAACCCCAAACUUCUUACCAACUGUACUUUCCAUUUUUAGCAGCCCCUUCACCCACUUAGAAGUAUCAAACUAUAUGUGCUUUACCUGACCUUCUUUUUCUCCUUCACCAUCAUUUCCAUCCCACUUCACCAUUCCAAUAAUGGUCUAGUAUCAGGGGUCCUCAGACUAUGGCUUGUGGGCCAGAUGCGGCAGCUGAGGACGAUUAUCCUCCUCACCUAGGGCCGUGAAGUUUCUUUAUUUAAAGGUUCACAAAACAAAGUUUUUGUUUUUACUAUAGUUUGGCCCUCAAACAGUCUGAGGGACAGUGAACUGACCCCCCUAUUUAAAAAGUUUGAGGACCCCUGGCUAAUUCAUGAAAUGGCAUCUAGAUUAUUGAGUUUGACUUAGGAGAGAAGUUGUUUUUUCCCAAACUAGAAGACCUUCAUUUAGGAGAAGAGUUAUGUCUAGACCCAGGAUUGUUGUUUCCUCUUGUACUCCCCAUUGGCAUCAAACUCAAUAUGGGAAGAUAUUUGUCCAUAGUCUUUUUAUUUAACAGAAAGAGUGUAAAUAGGAAUGGCCAAGAACUUCUAGAAAGAAGUAAAUCUGGUAUUCUAGCAAGGUCCAAUCUCAGGCAACCUCACACCUUCCUGGUUAGUUUUUGAAAUGGAUAGUCUCAUGAUGGUGUCAGUUGAGGAUCUGUUUGCAUUUCCUGAGAACUGUAGGCUAGAAGAUUCCCCCUUCUUUCCAUAUGUGAAUUUUCUCACAUCUUCAAGUGUGUUGAGAAAGUAUAGGAACAGAGAAAGAGCAGUGAGUAGAAGGGAACGUGGAAAUUAUGGAGUAUCUAGAUGGAAUGGAUUGGUAGGGUUGGGUGAGGCACAACACAGAAAUAGAAAUCGGAUUUGUAGAAGGGCAGAGAUUCCAAAUCUCCUUUGACCACCCACAGUGAGAUGUCUAAUGCCUUCAAGGAACUCAGUUUUCACAAUUUUGGGCUUGAUCAUUCACCAAUGCCAGCUUCUUCAUCUGGUAUCUGUCUGGUUCUAAAUUAGCCAAAUUAACUGUUGGAGACUGUCACCACCUACCCGAUAUUUCUACUAUUCAGAGAACAGCAUAAAAGGUAGGAAGAAGGGGAGGGACAAUUGGACACUGCCCAGAAGCCUCUUCCAUCAUGUGGAAAUGCACUUACCUCCAUGUUUAAGAUGAGACACAUUAGUGACACCUAGUGGUCAGUGGAGGUCAAUGCUGUGAGUUCCAUUCUUCCUUGACUUAGUACUUCUUGGUCUCUUGUUCUUCGCUAUGGUCAGUAUGAAUUCUGGUGCUGUCUUUUUUUUUAAUGGUCCUUGACUGGGACCAGUUUUCUGACUUCCAAGUGACAAAGGAGUAUAUCUAUCACAGCCUCCCACCAUCCCCACAUCUUAGAAGACCAUGGGUAUCUUUGAACAUUGGCUCUUCCUGCUUGUGAUUGUGACAAAUGAUCAGAGUUGAUCACAGAGAAAUGAUUCCUAGCUUUAGAGCUUAAAGUUUUAGAGCCAGAUUCUGGCAACAGCUUCCAGGUCAUAGAUAGCUGGUCAGGAUAGGCUCUGUUUUGCCAGCAUUGACUUUGUAACGCAAGCUGGGGAUCUAAGAGCUCUAGUUUGGAAUCUACUUGUUUUGAUCUAUUUAAUGAUCUGUUUUGAGAACCCAUUAUAAAAAUCCAUUUGGGACCUGGAGGAAACUAAUUAAAAUCUUAUCUUUUCCUCUUUCAUGACUGAUUUUUCAAUGGGAUAGGUCCUAAGCUUCCAUUCCCCUUCUCAAUAAUUUAUUCCCUCUUCCCUUGCCUAAUCAUCAUGUUCUACUCUAUGGGCCUCUCCCUCCCAUUUUCUUUCCUUCUUGCCUGGUCCUCAGGUUAAAGCCCUUGGCUGGUCUCCAAGGUAUAUCCGGGGUUCUGACAAGAAUACCUCAGUCUUCCUUUCUUGCAGAAGAUUUUUUUCUCCUACUUGUUAUUAAUUCUCCUAGAACUUUUGUUUUAUGAUCUUGCUCCAUCUUUUUUUAAUACAAAGCUACUUACCCUUUUCCACAUUUGCUUCAAAUGGGUUUAGGUUAUUCUGUGUGUGGCUCCUUCCUUUUCCCAUCUUCCCACCAUCACCAUCUCCUGAACUCCCACUUUCAAUGGUGUCUCAUGUACACUUGGAGAAAUCAAUUUCUUUUAGAAUAUAUUUAAUCUCCCAAGACCAAACACCAUCAGCUUUUUCUUUUUCCCAUAUCUAUGACAUUGGUCACUCAGAGUUAUUUCUUUUUCCAUUUUUUCUUCUUUAUUUGAUAAUGAGAAGAUUGCAUUUUUAAUCUCUUCAGAGACUUCUUUUCCACCAAAAGGUCCCAUAAGUAAUUAUCAUUCUAAAUUUCUUAAGUAAGUCCAGGCUUUCUUCUUAAUAAAAUCCAUGACUUGAAGAGGAUCUGAAAGAUCCAACCACUGUGUCAAGAUUCCAUAACCACUGAUGAAGGAACACCUUGAGAAAAUGUUUAAGAAUACAUCUGUCUUGAUCUUAUGAAAGAGUCAUUCUCUCUCAACUUUAUCCCUCAAGUGGUUUGAGGAACAUCCUAAUGAACAAGACUCCAUGAAGGAUGAUCACAAACACAUGUGGAAACUAUCCAGGAAACAGUAGAUCUGCCCUUCAUCUUCAAAUUAAACUAUUAUUCCAAAGAUAUCUCACUUGAUGCUCUUCCUUUCCAUUCUGUCAACUAAACCAAUUCUGUAGCUAUUCAUUCUGUAAAGCUAAGGCUAUUCAUUUUAGGAAUAUUGGUCCUGCUGGCAGCUUCAAAAUGGAAAAGAGGCUAAUUAGUGCUAUUGGGAAGAGCUACUGAUUUCUUGUCCUGUGCUUCAACUUCCCUGUCUUCUUGAUUGUGAUAGAACACUUUACUGAAAUAUGAAUCCCCACUUUAAGAUCCCAUGUUCAUUUUUCCUUUGCUUGAAUACAUCUGUCAAUAGAGAAUUGAAUAUUCAUUCUCUUUUCAGAUAACUCUAAUUGCCUAAAAAUUCCUCCUUCUAUUGAACUGUUCUGCCUCUUUUUGAUAUCCAUGCAAUCUUAGCUCUGUCCCCUAAAAGCCAGAGAAGAAGACCUAUCCCUCUUCCACAAGAUAUCCUUCAAACAUUUAAAAAUUGUUGUCUUUCUCUCUUCCCUUCCCUCUCAUCUUCUUUACUUGAAACAUCCAUAAUUCCUUCAGCCUUUCUUCAUGUGAUUUCAUUUUCAGUCUUCCUACCAUCUUGGUACUUCCUCAAAUUUGUCAUUGAGAACUAAACUCAUUAUUUCAAGUGAGAUCUAACAAAGAAAAGAGUUUAGUAAGGAUCAUCACCUCCAUUCUUCUGGAUAUAAUAUCAUUUGAUGCAUCCCAAUGACCAAUUUUUUUUUUUUUGGCUACCAUAUGAUAUGAUUGGCUCUCAUUGGGUUUGCCAUUCCUUAAAUCUUUAAAUUUCUUCACAUGAGCUGCUAUACAGUCAAGUCUAGCCCAUUUGUACCAUAAUGUAAGACAUUCUAAUUUUCUCAAUUAAAUUUCAUGUUAGACUUCAUUUAUUAUCACAGUGUUUUGAGUUCUUUUUGUCUCUUCUUUUUUAAAUGCAAGACAUUUGCCUUUCCUCUCUGUUCAUAUCCUUAACAAAUUUGAUAAGUAUGCUAUCUAUGCCUUUCUCUUUAUGAAUCUGUUGAAGCAAACAGCACCAAGGACAGAUCCUUCUAGCAAAUCACUUAAAACAUCUCUUUCCAUAUUGACAUUAAUCCAUUAAUUAAGACUCUUUAGGUCUGGUCAUUCAAUUAGUUAUGAAUUCACUUAAAUGUCUUUAGUGAGCCCACGUAUUUCUCAAUCUUGUAUAUCAUUAGAACCUUUGUCAAGUAUCUCACUGAAAUCCAAAUAUGCUGUAAUGACAAUCUUCUCCUGAUCUAUCAGUCUAGUUAGUAACCUUGUCAAAAAAGAGAAUGAUAUGAUUUGUUCUUAGUGAAUCUAAAUUUGGCUGAGCUGACAAAUCAAUCCAUUCAAUAACCUGAAUUAUAAUUUUCCAGGCCUUGGAUGCUGUACUUAUUGGUUUAUGAUUUUUACAUCUUUUCCCCCUCCUUUUUGAAAAUUGGGAUAUUUUAUGAGCUCUAAUCAAAGCACUUUUUCCUAUUUUUUACGAUUUUUUCAGAGAUCGCUAAUGAUGAUCAUAAAUACAAGAAAUGUAGAUACUCUGGGAUAUAAUUAUACAAAUCAAAUAUAUUUUCUUAUCUGUAAAAUUAUAAGGUUGGACUACAUAAUUUCUAGUGCUAAUAUCUGCCUAUUCUAGAAGCUACUUUGGCUCUAGGUUUUAAGUAUUCCUUUGUCUAGAUCUAUGAUAUAAAACCAAAAUUCUAGACUUAAAUAUAAUGUUAAAACUGUCCAUUUCCCUCAUUUUAUCAUUGAGGGCAAAGGUUUGCCCUCCUUCCUAGAGUGAACACAGAACAUCCCUGAUUUCUUUAACAGGCAUUGUUGUUUUUGAUUUAAUACUGUAGGGAUUUACCUAAAGUGGAAUCAAGGAAUCAUACUUAUUAAUUCAUCCUGCUUUUGUGCUUUCCUACUGUAUCUUCAACCCUGCAGAUAGUAGGUAAAUGCUGUGGAUUAAAGUUACAGGGAAUUGAGUGUAUCCUAAACACUUUAAAAAUAUUUCUUAUUACAGUCAGGAGGCAGUAUAAACCUGAUGUCCAACUACAUUACUGGAAACAAGAUAAAGGAAGCAAUAUGGGAAUAGGAGCUACAGGUUUUUGCAUCAAGGUCCUCUCCAUACAACUUGUUGAAAGUAUUUUCCAGUGACGUCUCUGCCCUGUUCCCUUUCACCAUCAUUAAAUAAUUUGUUCUGGGUGACAUUCAUUCUGAUUCCCAGCUGUCUUCUAACAGAGCCCUACCUCUAGGGUGGGGAUGAGCAGAGACAGAGAAGAAGAUGGGUCAUGAAAGAGAAGCUGUGAUUCUGUACUGUGAAAUCCUAAAUGUGAUGGGGAAGAUAGAUCACAGAGGAGAUCAGUAUUGAGUUGUGCAUAUAGAACAUGUCUAUGACACACAGAGAAAAAAACCCAGUGGAAGUUAAUAUUGUGAAUAGUCUGUGUUUUAAUCAAUAUCUAUUUAUCAUGGAAAGUAGCCACUGUGUUUGUGACAUUGAAGGAAAUAGGGAAUAGAGUAGUUUAAAAGACUUCCCAAAACUUAAUCCCUACCUUUGAGAGAUUUCCAAUAUCUCUCUCUUCUUUUCUUGUCUUCAUUUUAUUUCUAUCUCCUGCCCUCUUUGUUGAAUCCAGAUGCCAUUUUACAGAAGACUCCCCCCCCCGGCUAUUAAUUAAUUAGUAGAUUAAAUUGAUUUGUCAAUAAAAUAAUUUACUCUUCUUCUUCAAAUUAGUUCCUAUAAGACUCCUGCUUAAAGUCAGCAGUAUCACUGGGGAUAUAAGCAGCCAUGCUUAUAAGCUAGAUCAAGGCCCUUCCCUUAUGCAUGACUUUCAAUCUCUGUCCCUCUCACUUGGUGGUCAGGUAAGCACUAUUCCCAUGGUCCCUAGGGGAGAGAAAGGGUAAUCUCUAUAUAUCCCAUGCAAACCAGAGCUGAUUGAUUUGAGCAUAAAUAUAAGCCUAUGGCACUGUAUUCUUUCUUCUCUUUUUUCUCUUCCUCUUCCUCCUCAAUUUGUGCCCUUGUUUUCAAUGGCAGUAGCAAGCUGGGCAGUUUCAGAGAUAAGCUGGCUUUAGAGCCAAUCACAUCUAUUGCUUUCUCUCAGAUGCCUUUCACCUCCACAUUUUCAUAGACAAAAGCCUCUAUGCUGUAUGUAUACAAAUAUAACAUGUGCAUGUACUUAUCCAUUGUACGUGUAUCCACUCUUGAUCAUGUUAACUUUGUGGAGCUUUUUUCCCUCUCAUAUUUUCCAUAUGAGUGGAAAUAAAACUGUAUGAAAGGAA